CGAAUAUAGAGAACUUGCCCCUGUAAUAAGUCUAUAUACUGUGUACCAUGGGCACAUGGCACUUGCAGCCAUAGCCAACCGUGCUGCUCAUCACUACCCUACGACGUCGUUUAUCGCCCGUCUUCCUCUUAGCCUGAUCUUCAUUCGGUUAAAGACAACUGUUGUGAUCAACAAACACACUCCCAGCACCAGCUUCAAGCGAAUGGCUUCAACUAGCCCAAUCUAUGGCUCAUCUCCGACCGUUCAGAAGACAGAUUCUCCGUAUGGCUCGUGGAAGUCCCCCAUUACCGCCGACGUUGUCUCCGGCUCCACCAAGAAGCUCGGAGGCUUCGCCGUCGACUCACUCUGCCGCCUCAUAUGGCUCGAAUCUCGACCUACUGGGUCUGGACGAGCGGUUCUUGUAAAGGGACCGGAGAGACCAGGGGAUUCUCCGACGGAUAUAACUCCUAAAGACUAUGCAGUGAGGACGGUAGCUCAAGAAUAUGGUGGUGGCGACUUUAGCAUUUUUGGGGACACUGUGAUUUUCUCCAAUUACAAGGAUCAGAGGCUUUACAAGCAGUCCAUUUCUUCUCAUGAUUCUGCACCUACACCAAUCACCCCAGACUACGGUGGGCCACAGGUGUGCUAUGCUGACGGAGUCUUUGACUUGCGCUUUAAUCGUUUUGUGACAGUAAGAGAAGAUUCACGCAAAAGCAGUACGAAUUCACUGACAACAAUUGUAUCGGUUGAUCUAAGCAGUGACACUAUUCAAGAACCAAAAGAGUUAGUUGGUGGGAAUGACUUUUACGCUUUUCCCCGCGUCGACCCCGGAGGAGGACGUAUAGCAUGGAUUGAAUGGGGUCAUCCAAAUAUGCCAUGGGAUAGAUCACAGCUUUGGGUUGGCUAUAUAUCAGAUAAUGGAGAUGUUGGUAAACGUAUUUGUGUAGCUGGAGGUGAUGUCAAUAUCAUUGAGUCUCCAACUGAACCCAAGUGGUCUUCCCAAGGAGAGCUGUACUUUGUAACCGACAGGAAUAAUGGGUUUUGGAAUCUCUACAAAUGGGUAGAAUCCACUAAUGAAGUGCUACCGAUGUACACAAUAGAUGCAGAGUUUACAAGGCCUUUAUGGAACUUUGGGGUACAAUCUUACGAAGUUCUUCAGAAUCAUGACCAGAAAGCUAUUAUAGCAUGUAGUUACAGACAGAAUGGCAGGUCACACCUUGGAAUUGUUGAUGCUAUUCAGGGAAAAUUGACACUUCUUGGAAUUCCUUUCACAGAUAUUAACAAUGUUACUUCUGGGGGUAAUUGCCUAUAUGUUGAGGGAGCCUCUUCAGUCCUUCCUUUAUCAAUAGCUAAGGUAACUUUGGACAGUCAAAUGGAAAAAGUAACUGACUUCAAAAUCAUGUGGUCGUCUUCAUCAAUGAGUUUGCUUUAUGAAUCAUACAUCAGCAUGCCUGAACAAUUAGAGUUUCCAACUGGUGUUCCUGGACAAAAUGCGUAUGCAUACUUUUAUCCGCCGACAAACCCAGAUUAUCAAGCUGGGCAGGAUGAAAAACCUCCACUACUGCUGAAAAGCCAUGGAGGUCCUACAGAUGAGACAAGAGGAAGUUUGAAUCUGAGUAUCCAAUAUUGGACCAGUCGUGGCUGGGCAGUUGUGGAUGUGAAUUAUGGUGGAAGCACGGGUUAUGGUAGAGAGUACCGAGAGAGGCUUUUGAGGAAUUGGGGAGUUGUUGACGUUAAUGAUUGUUGCAGUUGUGCCAAGUUUUUGGUUGAUAGUGGAAGGGUUGAUGGCAAACGGUUAUGUAUCACAGGAAGUUCUGCAGGAGGUUAUACCACAUUAGCAUCACUUGCAUUCAGAGAUGUAUUCAAAGCCGGUUGUUCUUUAUAUGGCAUAGGUGACCUGAAAUUGCUGAUAGCUGAAAUGCCCAAGUUUGAAUCUCACUACAUCCACAAUCUUGUUGGAGAUGAAAAAGCAUUCUUUGACAGAUCUCCUAUCAAUUUUGUGGACAAGUUUUCAUGCCCCAUGAUUUUAUUUCAAGGAUUGGAUGACAAGGUUGUACCACCAGAUCAAGCGCGGAAAAUAUACGAGGCAGUGAAGGCAAAAGGGUUACCUGUUGCUCUUGUAGAGUAUGAAGGAGAACAACAUGGCUUCCGCAAGGCUGAAAAUAUCAAGUUCACUCUUGAACAGCAAAUGCUCUUCUUUGCACGUCUUGUCGGACACUUUCAACUUGCUGAUCCAAUCACAUCCAUAAAGAUUGAUAAUUUCGACUGAGUAUUGUGUUACUACUUGCUCAAUCAAUAUAAAAGUAUAAUAUUAAUAGCAAUAUUUACUAUUUCAUGCUCUUGAAAAAUUGUAAUCCAGAUUUUGACUAUUAAAGACUCUUGAGUUGCUGAUUUAACUAUUUCCAUUUAACUGAUUUAACCCACUUACCCACCUUUUCCAUGUUGCUAAGGACUUAUUGGUUUAAUCAUUAAUCGAGCUUGUUU